AUGGAGUAUGCAGAAGAGGACAAGGGUCAAGAUGAGUCACCGGAAGUACGAAGCGCCUCGGCACGGUUCGUCAACCUCGUUUUCCUCCUUCGAUUGCCUCGAAAUUUCUGCGCUCUGUGUGUGUGCGAUAUACUGACCAACGUCCUCACAGGCUCUCUUGCCUUCCUGCCGCGCAAGCGCGCUGCUAGACACCGUGGAAAGGUCAAGAGCUUCCCCAAGGAUGACCCCAAGAAGCCCGUCCACCUGACGGCCUCCAUGGGUUACAAGGCCGGUAUGACCACCGUCGUCCGUGACCUUGACAGACCCGGUGCCAAGAUGCACAAGAAGGAGAUUGUUGAGGCUGUUACCAUCAUCGAGACUCCUCCUCUUGUUGCUGUCGGUGUUGUCGGUUACAUCGAGACUCCCCGUGGUCUCCGCUCGCUCACCACUGUCUGGGCUGAGCACCUGAGCGAUGAGGUCAAGCGCCGCUUCUACAAGAACUGGUACAAGAGCAAGAAGAAGGCCUUCACCAAGUACGCCAAGAAGCACGCUGAGGAGAGCGGUGCCUCCAUCACCCGUGAGCUUGAGCGCAUCAAGAAGUACUGCACUGUCGUCCGUGUCCUCGCCCACACCCAGGUCCGCAAGACCCCUCUCAAGCAGAAGAAGGCCCACUUGAUGGAGAUCCAGGUCAACGGUGGCUCCGUUGCCGACAAGGUUGACUUCGCCCGCAACCUGUUCGAGAAGCCCAUUGAGAUCGACAGCAUCUUCGAGAAGGAUGAGAUGAUCGAUGUCAUUGCCGUCACCAAGGGUCACGGUUUCCAGGGUGUCACCAGCCGUUGGGGCACCAAGAAGCUUCCCCGUAAGACUCACAAGGGUCUGCGUAAGGUUGCUUGUAUCGGUGCUUGGCAUCCUAGCCACGUCCAGUGGACUGUUGCCCGUGCCGGUCAGAUGGGUUACCACCACCGUACCUCUUGCAACCACAAGGUCUUCCGCAUUGGCAAGGGCUCUGACGAGGGUAACGCCUCGACCGAGUUCGAUAUCUCCAAGAAGCAGAUUACUCCCAUGGGUGGUUUCGUCCGCUAUGGUGAGGUCAAGAACGACUAUGUCAUGGUCAAGGGCUCCACCAGCCGGAGAGCCACCGAGAAGGUCGAGCUCAAGUGGAUCGAUACCUCCUCCAAGUUCGGCCACGGUGCUUUCCAGACUCCCGAGGAGAAGCGUGCAUUCAUGGGUACCCUCAAGAAGGACCUUGUUACUUCUGCUUAA